UUCGUAUCAAGGGAAGCAACUGCUGUUGGAUAAAAUUACAGUAAAACGCUUUUCUUGGAAUUAACAACUUUGAUCUUUUAUUAAUCUAGUAUAAAAUGGACCUUUUAGAAAAGAGUAUUUAAUCAUGAGCUACAAGAAUAAGAAAAAGCUUGGACCACCUCCUCGAUGGAUAGACUGUCCCCGUAAAGGUCAACUUAUUGAUAAGAAAUUUUUACCAUUUAAGACCCCACUUGACAAAAGUUAUGAAGACCAGAUUCCUGAAUACAGUUGUUUUACAUUGGACCUCUUGUUUAAUUCACUUAAAUCCAUGAAGCUAAAAAUGGGUUUAUUAAUAGAUUUAACAAACACCAACAGAUUUUAUAACAAAGAUGAAGUUGAAGAGAAAUUUGAAUGUAAAUAUGUCAAACUGCAGUGCAGAGGACAUGGUGAGUCUCCUGAUGUUGAUCAGACCAGUGCAUUUAUUGACAUAUGUAGCAGAUUCAUUUCACAGAAACCAUUAGAAGUUAUAGGUGUUCAUUGUACACAUGGCUUCAACAGAACUGGAUUUCUCAUUAGUUCAUAUCUUGUAGAAAAAAAUGAUUGGAGUGUAGAUGCAGCUGUACAGACAUAUGCCACUCAAAGACCUCCUGGUAUUUAUAAACAAGAUUAUAUUAAAGAAUUGUUCUCACGGUAUGGGGAUGUAGAUGACACGCCCCCUGCUCCACCCCUUCCUGCAUGGUGUAAUGAGUCAGAAUCAAAGAAUGUAGAUGAUGAUGGACUUGAAAUAAGCAAAAGCAGCAACUACAGUGGACCUAAACGGUCUAAACGAGAAUUUGUUAAAAAGGAUGCCAAGUUUGUGGAGGGUGUGGAGGGUGUAUCACAGUUGAAGUUACAACCUAGACUGGCUGAGGUUCAAAGAAAAGUUCAAGAGUUAUGUGCCUGGAAAAGUUCUGGUUUCCCAGGAUCUCAGCCUGUUUCCAUGGAUAUCAAUAAUUUAGAUUAUCUGAGAAGAAAAGAAUAUAAAGUCAGCUGGAAGGCUGAUGGUACAAGAUUCAUGAUGUUAAUUGAUGGUGCUAAUGAGGUUUACAUGGCAGACAGAGAUAAUGCAGUAUUCCACGUGCCUCAUCUACACUUCCCUUAUCGUAAAGAUCUAAGUAGAACGUUAAAGGAUACGCUAGUGGAUGGGGAGAUGAUUUUAGACAAAGUUGAUGGCAUUGAUGUACCUAGAUAUCUAAUUUACGAUAUCAUAUAUUUUAUGGGUCAAGAAGUUGGCAAGACUGAUUUCCGAACGCGGUUAGUUUGCAUAGAAAAAGAACUCAUUGGACCCAGGCAUGCAAAGAUGAAGACUGGAGAGAUAGAUAAAGCAAAAGAACCAUUUAGUGUUCGGUUAAAACCUUUCUGGGAUGUCUCUGUUUGUCGGAAGGUUUUAGAUGGAAGUUUUGCCAGUCAGGUUAGCCAUGAGGUGGAUGGAUUAGUAUUUCAGCCCGUUCCAGAUCCUUACUGCCCAGGGAGGUGUAUGGAAGUGCUGAAAUGGAAACCUCCAGAACUUAAUUCUAUAGAUUUUAAACUAAAAAUAGCAAAGGAAAAUAAACCAGGAAUGUUACCAGAGACAAAAGGAUAUCUUUAUGUGUUAGGACAAGACAAUCCUUUAGCUGAAAUGAAAUACACAAAAGAUCUGAAAGAAAUGGAUGGAAAAAUAAUAGAAUGUUCAUUUGAUGGACAGCAUUGGAAAUUCAUGAGACAAAGAACGGACAAAUCAUUUCCUAAUAGCAUUAAAACUGCUCAAGGUGUCUGGGGUAGUAUACAAUCACCAGUGACAAAAGACAUUUUAUUUCAAGUUGUUGAAGUGGAGAGAUUUGUGCCUCCUCAAAAACAACCAAGUGACCUAAUGCCACCCCCUGCUAAAUUACCACGUAGAUGAUAGUUGUCAUGUGAUUUUUACCGUGUCUAAAAUGUUACUCAAGUGAUGAUAUACAAUGUCAAUCUGGCAAAAUGCCAGCCGGCUGGACAGGAUGUCGUCAAAAUGCAUAAAUAAAUGUUUACAAUACACAAAUUUA